GGAGCCUCAUUCCACCGCUCGGACAGCGGCAGAGCUGCUCACCCACCCGGGGAAAGGUAUGAGCUCCACCGGCUCGAGAGGGACCCCGAGAUCCAGUAUGGGAUCCUCUCACAAUGCAUCCUCGGUGCUGAGUCUGAACAUCGGAGGCCACAUCUACUGGACCACCUUUGGUACCCUAAAUCGGUUCCCGGGCUCCAAGCUGGCCGAGAUGGUCAACGGGCAGUCCAAGGCGAAGAUGGAUGCGGACGGGAGAUACUUCAUCGACCGCGAUGGCACCCACUUCCAGCACGUGCUGGACUUCCUCCGGGGCAGAGACCCGCCGCCCCACCUGGCCAAGGAGGUCUACCAGGAGGCAGUCUACUAUGACAUUGAGCCACUGGUCAAGCUGCUAGAGGACUCCCCCAAGCUCUUUGGUGAGGUGGUAGGACGCCGGCAGUUCCUGGCCAGGGUGCCCAACUACCAGGAGAACAUCGAGGUGAUGGUGCGGGUGGCCAGGGCCGAGGCCGUGGCCGCGAGGCACUCCACGGUAAUUGUGUGUCUGGUCAAGAACGAGGAGGAGGUUCCCAAGUGCCAGGAUGCAGUGAACAGCCUGGACACGGGCAAGGAGUCAGUGGUACAGUUCGGACCCUGGAAGGCUUCACCUUCCAUCUCGGACCUCCUGCAUUGCAUCCAACUGGACAUUGAGAGCAAGGGCUACCAGACGUCCUACCAGCCUCUGGAGAUAGUGAAAGGAUUCCUUACCAGACCCUGUGAGUUCCUCUACAGGUUCACCUUCACCUGGUGGUGAGACAGAGCCCUCAACUUCUCCCAAGCGAAUGUUUGAUUGAGAAUCAGGGCCUCGGGGAAACUGAAGAUCGGACAAGUAGGAGCCACGUUCAGGCUUCAGGACAAUACUGUAGAUUAUCUGGUCUAUCGCUGCUGUGCCAGCAUUUUGAGGAAGGAUUCUACUAAAUGCCAUCUCCUGUGUAUUCUCCACCACCCUGGGCAUUGCUCUCUCCAAGUGCUUUAUGUUAUUUUAUUGAGACAAGUACUUUAUUUUAUUUUAUUGAGAGAUCAGGCCCUUCCUUCCCUUCAAGUCGUGCCACGCAGCAACUCGACCAUUUAACCCUAACCUAAUCACGGGACAAUUUACAGUGACAAGUUCCAAUCGCUACCUCUUCAGACUGAGAGAGGAAACUGGAGCACCACGCUUCAUGAGAAGGAUGUGAAAGCUAUCUUACAGAGGACGUCAGAAUCGUACUUCAAACGCCGACGUCCCGAGCUGUGAUUGCAUCAUGCUAGCUGCUGUGCCAUUGGGGCUCCCAGUUUUUCCCAUUUUUACUCAGUAUUCCUGUUGAAAUCACUGCAGUCUGAUCUCUCCGCUUGUUUUGGAACACUUUGUAACCAGUUACCCAAAUUCUCCAACCUCUGGGUUCACACCUCCUCGGUGACAUCUACUACUGCUUCUGAAAUAAUUAACCUCCUUUCUGUGCUGGAGUAUUAACUAGGUCAUUUACGUAGAACGUAGAACACUACAGCACACUACAGGUCCCUUGCCGACCUUUUAACCUACUCCAAGAUCAAUGUAACGUGGCAUGGUAGGAUAGUAGUUAGCUCAUCCCUUUGCAGUGCUGUUUGGAGUUCAGUUCCCAUUGCUGCCUGUGAGCAGUUUGUACAUUCUCCACGUGACCACACGGAUUUCCUCCUGGAGCUCGGGUUUCCUCCCACUUUCCAAAGACAUACAGGUUAGGGUUAGUAAGGUUGGUGCCAGAAGCGUGGCGACACUUGCGGGCUGCCGAGCACAAUCCUCUCUGAUUUGGUUUGACUCAAACGACACAUUCCACUGCACGUUUUGUAGUUUCAAUGUAGAUUUGACAAAUAAAGCUAAUUUUUUAAAUCUUUAAUCUUUCCCACAGGGCCCUCCAUUUUUCUUUCACCCAUGUGCCAAUCUAAGAGUUUCUUAAACGCCCCUAACAUGUUUACCUCUAUCACCGCCCCCCGUAGUGUUUUCUGUGCAUUCGCCAUUCUCUGUGUAAAAAAACUUACCUCUGACAUUCCCCCCCUCCAUACACUCCUCCCAUCACCUUAAAAUUAUGCCCCCUUCUGUUAGACACUGCUGACCUAGAAAAAAAGUCUCUAGCUGUCCGCUCCAUCUGUGUCUCUUAUCUUCUCUCAAGUCACCUCUCAUCCUCCUUUGAUCCAAAGAGAAAAGUCGUAGCUUGCAUAUCCUCUCCUCAUCCAGGCAGCAGCUUGGUUGCUUUUGGAAAGAUUUUAAAGUGGAUUCUAAUCAAGCAUCUUCAUACAUAGAAGGCAGAGGGCAAAAAAAGAAAGACUUGUUCUCUCCAUAAUGCCACUCUGCUUGGUAAAUGUCUCUGAUCCCAUUAAUAAGUUUUCAAAGGAAAAUGUUUUCAGAAUGUUCUUCUGUCUGGAAAACGAUAAUGAUUAGCUUUAUUUGUCACAAGUGUAUCGAAAGAUACAGUGAAUUGCAUCGUUUUGUAUCAACGUCUAACACAGCCCAGGUGUGGCCAUGAUUCCAAUGCCAACCUCGCAUGCUCACAACUCACUAAUGCAAACGCAAAUGUCUUUGGAGUGAGGGGAGAUACCACGAACCCAUAGGAAUCCCACACACUCACAGGGAGAACAAACAAACUCCAUACAGACCGUGGCAGGAAUGGAACCCCAAUCGUACAGCUGGCACAAUAAUGACUUGCACUAACCGCUAUGCUACCAUGCCGCCUAAUUCUCCUGCCCUGGGACAGAGGCUCCAACCUUCAUAGUUUUAUAAACGUCUCUAAGGUCACCCCUCAGCCUCCUGCAGUCCACUGAGAACAAACACACCCUAUCCAAUCUCUCCUUAAAAGUACAGCCCUCCAUUCCAGGUAACAUCCUGGUGAAUCUCUUCCACACAUUUGGUACUGCUACGAUAUUCUGCAGUUUGAUGACCAGAACUGUACAAUGCCUUGACUCACUUCACAUCUAAGUGAUCCUAUUGGGGCGCCACAGUAACAUAGCAGUUAACAUGACCCUAUUGAAAUUCAAUUCUGAUGCUGUCUGUAAAAAGUUUUACGUCCUCCAAGUGCCCUGGUUUCCUCUCACAUUCCAAAGACAUACCGGUUAGCAGGGUAAUUGGUCAUUGUCAAUUGUCCUGUGAUUAGGCUUGAGUUAAAUAGGUGGGUUACUGGGUGGUGUGGCUUAUUGGGCCAGAAGUGCCUGUUCCACGUUGUAUCUCUAAAUAAACAAACACUGGUCUCCAUAUGGAACUGUGGGAAACUAACUUAAUGGAUAAUUCAAUUGGUGGGCAUCAUAGGUGUUGAUAAUAGGUGAUUCACCCACUUUUGAAGAAUCAGAAUUAGAACUGAGUUUCUUAUCACUGACUUAUAUGAAAUGUGUUGCUUUGUGGCAGCAGGGUGGUGAAAAGACAUCAAAUUUACUAUGAAAUUAUGAAAUAAAUAACCAUGUAGUGUUCAUGAGUUGGUUCGUUGUCCAUUCAGAAAACUGAUGGUGGAGGGGAAGAAUCUGUUCCUAAAACAUUGAGUGUGCAUCUUCAGGCUCCUGUACCUCCUCCCUGAUGGCAGCAAUGAGAAGAGGGCAUAGCCUGGGUGAUGGGGGUCCUUAAUGAUGGGUGCCACCAUCAUGAGGCAUUGUCAUUUGAACAUGUCCUCGAUGGUGGGAGGCUGGUGUCCAUGAUGGAGCUGGCUGAGUUUUCAACUUCCCACAGCUUUUCCUGAUCCUGUACUGUGGCCCUUCCGCACCAGACGGUGAUGCAACCAGUUAGAAUGCUGUCCAUGAUACACCUGUAGAAAUUUGCUGGAGUCUUGGUGACAUACCAAAUCUCCUCAAACUCCUCAUGAAACAUAGCCACUGUUGUGCCUUCUUUAUAAUUGUAUCAAUAUGUUGGCCCAGGGCAGGUCUUCAGAUAUCUUAAUGGAACUUAAUGAAGAUAAUUAAUUCAGGGAACUACAAUUGAGAAAUAUUUAAAAACACUAAAUAAGUCGUGCAAAAAGAGAGCAAAAUAGCAGGGUUGCAUUCAUAGACCAUUCAGAAAUCUGCUGGCAGAGGGCAGGAGAUUGUUCCUGAAUCACUGAGUGUGGGUCUUCAGGCUCUUGUACCUCCUUCCUGAUGGCAGGAAUGAGAAAAGGUGCCAUAGUCGCGGAACGGUUAGCAUGGCGUUAUUACAGGUUGGGGCAUCAGAGUUCAAGUUCAACCUCAACGGUAAGGAGUCUGUAUGUCCUCCCCAUGGAAGGCAUGGGUUUUCUCCAGAUGCUCCAGGUUCCUCCCACAUUCCAAAGGACAUAAUGGUUAAUAGGUUAACUGGACAUUGUGAAAAUUGUCCCGCGAUUAGGCUAUGGUUAAUCGAGGGCUCGAAGGGACAGUUCCACACUUUAUCUCAAUCAAUCAAUCAAUCAAUUAAUCAAUAAAUAAAUAAAGGUGAAUUUGAUUUGCCACUUUCCAUGGGCUGAUUCUAGUACAGCGUGAUCAGAUUACAAAAAUGGCUCAAUUUUUUUGCUUGCUGGAACCAGUGGGUAAGUUAACCUUUGACCCUAAGUACCAGACGCCCUUCACCCGUCCCCAAGUGGAGUGAAGUUUCUUUUGUGCGCCCCACCAUCAUUAAACAUCUGAUUGCGGUUAUGAUUGAAGCAAUUCAGUACGGUUGCUUAGUCCCAUUGAGAAAUGUACAGAAUGCUUCUUGCUACUCAAUUGGAAUGUCGACCAGUAAAGCACAGAAACAGGCCCUUCAGCCCUCAAUGUUGUGCCAAACCUAUUAAAUUAGUAAUCAAAUGUCCAACUAAACUAAUCUCUUCUGCCUACACAAUGUCUAUAUCCUUCCAUUUUCCUCACAUUCAUGUGUCCAUCUAAAUGUCUCUUAAAAGUCCCAAACGUUUCUGCCUCUACCAUCAUACCAGGCAGCUCAUUCCAGGCACCCACCACUCUCUGGCUAAAAAAAAGCUUGCUGCUCAUAUCUCCUUUCACCUUAAAUACAUGCCCUCUGGUGUUAUUCAUCUCAACCCUGGGUAAAAGAUAAUGUCUGUCUAAUCUAACUAUGCCUCUCAUAAUCUUAGGAACCUCUAUCAGAUCUCCCCUCAGUCCAACACUCCAGAGAAAACAACCCAAGUUUGUCCAAUCACUUGUUAUAACUCAUGCCUUCUAAUCCAGGUGGUAUCCUGGUAAACUUCUUCUCCAAAAGCCUCGACAAUAGGGAAAAUUUCCUUUGCACCUCUACAGUAACAUUAGAAGAAGCAACAAUACAAUUUCCAUCACAGACUUUGUCACUUAGGUCAUGAAUUCUGUCUGCUGUAGUUCACCGAUACUCUAUCAGACUCUGAUUAAUAAAUAAGUCUAGUUUUAACAAUAAUUAACAGAAAAAAAGAUUAUUUUGGCUGUCACUGAUGUACUUUCUUCCACCUUCAACUCUUUGGAGUUUGUGCUCGUGUUGAAACAUAGUACUUACAGGCGACCCCCAUAUUACCGAUGAUUGCCCUUACAGAAUUUGUGAAUUGCUACCCAAAAAUCUGAGAUGUAUAAUAAAAUUCAUUCUUACAGAAAUUACAUGGAAAGAAUUUAAUAAAUAAUUCAAUUUUUUUUGAACUCACAUUUCUUGAUGCACGUGCUGUUGACCAUAUAUAACCAUAUAUUUUAACCAUAUAUAACCAUAUAUCAAUUACAGCAUGGAAACAGGCCAUCUGGGCCCUUCUAGUCCGUGCCGAACUCUUACUCUCACCUAGUCCCACCGACCUGCACUCAGCCCAUAACCCUCCAUUCCUUUCCUGUCCAUAUAGCUGUCCAGUUUAACUUUAAACAACAACAUCGAACCUGUCUCAACCACUUCUGCUGGAAAGCUCGUUCCACACAGCUACCACUCUCUGAGUAAAGAAGUUCCCCCUCAUGUUACCCCUAAACUUUUGCCCUUUAACUCUCAACUCAUGUCCCCUUGUCUGAAUCUCCCCAACUCUCAAUGGAAAAAGCCUAUCCACAUCAACUUUAUCUAUCCCUAUCAUAAUUUUAAAUACCUCUAUCACGUCCCCCCGUAACCUUCUACGUUUUGCGUUACGGAAACUAGUGAUGCAGACCAUGUUCUAGUGAAACCAAAGUGGUACGAUCACUCAGGCUGGGUCUGGCAUCCUCCUCAUGGGGUGUCUCUUGGUGGGUCCCCAGGUGGCUGGAGAGGCCAGUCUGGGACCCACAUAUUCUGGUGCAGAGUAAGUGGUGACUGGGGUCAGUAGUUGGGUCUUUUGGUUGUUCAGUCUCUCCUUUCACAGCUGCCUCUUGUUCUCAGCGACACAGCGGAGGUUGUUCUCAUGCAGCGCAGCUCCAUCUUGAACAGAUUUCCUCCAAUUCAAAGUAAAUAUAUUAUCAAAGUACAUCUAUGUCGCCAUGUUGCUGAGAUUCAUUUUCUUGUGGGCAUUUACAGGACAAAAAAGAAACUUUACAACUCCUCCCUUGGAGGGUCAGACACCCUGAGCCAAUAGGCUGGUCCUGGACUUAUUUCCUGGCAUAAUUUACAUAUUACUAUUUAACUAUUUAUGGUUUUAUUACUAUUUAAUUAUUUAUGGUGCAACUGUAAUGAAAACC